AUGUUCAUUAAAACUCCAGUUCUGGGCCCGUCAUUCGCCGUCACAUCAUUUGCACUGCUCGCUCAGCACUGUCUCACUCUUGCCAACCCAGCUGCUAUGGCACCGAACACUGACCAGAAGAAGUAUACUGCCAACCUCAAGAAACUUGCGAAGCCUCCGGGCAACACCUUUCCCCCUUUUCCCGACGCCCCUGUUCCCGAGACACUGCUACCUACUGAACAAAAUCCAGAAGUUCAGCAGCCGACUCCUGCGACUGGGUAUUGUGAAGCGCCUGUUGGCGAGGGCGUGGGCGGAACUAGGCCCGAGGAUCUUGAUUCGUUGCUAGUGGGGGCUCCAGAGGACAACGUCACACUGAAGUCACGCCCGCAGGAGCACGCGGCCCUGGCCCCGCUGGAGGAUGACUUUGCGAGCUCUAGUGAGCGGUAUGAGGAGGCACCGCAGCUUCAAGUUUGGGCUUAUGAGACUUCGAACAAUUGCUUGACCCUGGGGGAGAGACUUGAGAAGUCGAAGUGGGAGUAG